AGUUAGUCGAAUGAAAAGAGACGCACGCGUCUGAUUACGGUGAGAUGUUAAUUUACUCCCUUCGAAUCAGCAAAGUACAAGAAAAUAGAAGCCGAUGUGUUUUGAUUUGACAUUUAACAAGCCGUUGGGAUCAUGACACGCUCUUGAAUCUACAUUUUUAUUGCCAUUGGUUCAAUGUAACCUCACGCGGUAGCUUUGCUGAUGAACCGCAGCACGACGAGUUGAACAUUCGCUUCGUGGAAGGAGGACCACGCGGACGUCUUUGCCUUCCACGGUGGUUUAAGUUGGGUGCCUAUGAGGAAGACACUCCCACUGCUUGACUAUUUAAGUCCUAGGUUCCCCAGACCACCAUUCACCAGCCAGCCCAACCACUGGCACGCAUUUUAUUCAUCCCCUUCAGUGUCUAAUCAGACACCGUCCUGAUCCACCCGGGCUGCGCCACCUACGGCUACCGUCCCCCCCAACCCCAUCUCCAUUCCGAGCCUCUCACCCACUGACAUCAUGGGGGACGUAGUACAGAUGCACUUCACCACGCCGGACUAUGUGAUCUUCGCCCUGCUGCUGGUGGCGUCCACGUGCAUCGGCUUGUUCUACGCCCUGUCAGGCGGGCGCCAGCGCACCACACAGGAGUUCUUAUUGGCCGACCGUUCUAUGAGCUGCCUGCCCGUGUCACUGUCAUUGCUCGCCACCUUCCAGUCAGCCGUGGCCAUCCUGGGAGCGCCCUCGGAGAUCUACACCUAUGGAACGCAGUACUGGUUCCUGGGAGUCUCCUACUUCCUCGGUCUGCUUAUCCCUGCCCACGUCUUCAUACCUGUCUUCUACAGGCUCCGCCUCACCAGCGCUUAUGAGUAUUUGGAGCUGCGCUUCAAUAAGACGGUGCGCAUUAUGGGGACCGUGACCUUUAUCUUUCAGAUGGUGAUCUAUAUGGGGGUGGUCCUCUAUGCCCCAGCACUCGCACUCAAUGCAGUGACUGGAUUUGACCUCUGGGGGGCAGUGCUGGCCAUGGGACUGGUGUGCACCCUGUACACAACAUUGGGAGGGCUAAAGGCAGUCAUCUGGACAGAUGUGUUCCAGACCAUUGUGAUGUUUGCUGGCCAGCUGGCGGUCAUCAUAGUGGGGGCCCACCAGGCAGGGGGCAUGGGAGAAGUUUGGCGGAAGGCCAUGAACGGCAGCCGCAUCGCUAGCUUGGAUCUGAACCCUGACCCGACGGAGAGGCACACUUUCUGGACACUGGGGGUGGGCGGGGUAUUCCUCAUGCUGGCUCUGUACGGGGUCAACCAGGCCCAGGUUCAGAGGUACCUCAGCUCCCGCACUGAGAGGGAGGCCGUCAUGUCAUGCUACGUGGUGUUUCCCUGCCAGCAGGUGGUGCUGUGUCUAGGUUGUCUGAUGGGUCUAGUGAUGUAUGCUCGCUAUGGUGAGGAAAGCCCGCUUGAUAAGGGCUACGUCAAAACCAAUGACCAGAUGGUGCUGUACUUUGUGAUGGAUGUGUUCAGGGACCUGCCAGGCCUCCCAGGGCUGUUUGUAGCCUGCCUGUUCAGCGGAGCUCUCAGUACCAUCUCAUCAGCGUUUAACUCCCUAGCGACGGUAACCAUGGAGGACCUGAUCAAGCCUUACUGCCCGGCCAUGACAGAGGCCAAAGCCACGCUGCUCUCAAAGGGCCUGGCGUUGGCCUACGGUCUGGUAUGUCUGACCAUGGCCUACGUCGCAUCUCUCAUGGGCUCAGUGCUGCAGGCAGCAUUCAGUAUCUUUGGGAUGGUGGGUGGUCCUCUCCUCGGCCUCUUCUGUCUGGGAAUGUUCUUCCCCUGGGCAAACUCCACUGGUGCGAUUGUAGGGUUGGUGGCAGGCCUGGCUAUGGCAUUCUGGAUUGGCAUUGGUAAUUUUGUGUCUCGUAUGGCCGUGCCCACCCCUCUGCUCCCCAUCAUCAACGCCACCACUAUGCCCCUCCGCGGCAACAUGACUACCGCUGUCAUGACAACCCUGAUUACUUCAAUCACCGCUAAACCAAAGCCUACAGGUGUGCAGGCCCUGUACAAUCUGUCCUAUUUGUGGUACAGUGCUCAUAACUCUACCACUGUGGUGAUAGUGGGACUGAUAGUCAGCCUGUUGACCGGUCCUAUGAAGGAGAAAGACCUGACCCCAGGGACUGUGUACCCUGUCCUGGGCAACCUGCUCUUCUUCCUGCCUGAACGUUACAGGGAGAAGCUCUGCUGUGUCACUCCACUGUCACACAAGCCCAAAGCUAUCAACACGCAGCCGUACCAGAUGGCUCAGGAGAGCAACGGCGUUGCCCAACACAAAGAGGAGGAGAAAAUAGAGAAGGAUAAGAAGGACGAGGAGAGGGCCACCCCUCAGCCUUCCUACCGACUGGCUCACACAGUGCAGGAGACAGCCUUGUAACAGACC